AUGGCGAGUUUCUUCUUAGCAUCACUGAUACUCUUCACACUGUUUCCACUUUCAGUACCAAUUCUUCCUUCUGAAGUCAUUACCACCGCCAUUGAAACACUCUCUAGUUUAGGUUUCGUUUCCAUGUCAUUAACACUUUCACUCGUUGCUCAAACCCUAAUAUUCCCAUCACCAACAGCAACAAUAUUUGCUCCAUCUGAUAUUGCUUUUAUUGAUUCAGGACAACCGAAUCUAAAUCUUCUUCAAUAUCAUUUCUCACCACUCAAAUUCACAAUCAAAUCCUUAAAAUCACUUCCAUAUGGUACUAAGAUUCCUACAUUGAUCCCUAAUAGAACCUUGAUUGUUACCACAUCACCAGGAGAAACUGAUCAAAUCUCUAUUAAUAAUGUUCGAAUCAAUGAUUCCGCUGUUCUUGAUAUUGGAUUUUUAACCAUUUUCGCUAUUGAUCGUUUCUUUGAUCCUUCUUUUGAAGAUUUCUUUACUCUCCAGCUGUCUCCGGCUCCAAGCCCUAAGUUCGAUCUUGGAUGCAAGAAUCCAUUCCCAGAUGAUGUUUCUUCUUAUUCAAAUUCUUCGAUGGCUAAUGUUACUUCAUCUGUGAUGAGGUUGCUAGGUUAUUCAGUAAUGGCUUCAUUUCUUGAUCUUCAAUUACCAGAUCCAACAAGAAAGUUAACAGUCUUCGCACCCACUGAUGCAGUUUUGGAUCCAUUCUCGAUGAUUUUCAGUUCUUCAUCUGUAUUUCAUCGUCAUUUUCUUCCCUGCAAACUCACAGCGUCAGAUAUGCUUAACCUAGUCUUGUAUGGAGAAAUUACAGUGCCGAAGCUCUAUGAGGGUUUUACCGUGACAUUCACUGUUGUUGGCGAUGUAUUGUUAGUUAAUGAUGUUCCAUUACUAUAUCCAGACAUUUAUGUUAGUGAUUCCAUUGCUGUUCAUGGUAUUCAACAGAUUCUUACUCUCCCAAUUGGCUCUCUAUUUGAGGAAUUUCAUGGAAAAGAUACUUCUCCUACUCCUAGUCCGUCGAUUACACAGCAGCCUAUUGUUCUUGCCUUUCCUGCAGCACAAACUGUCAUUACAGAUUCAGUGAGCUCGAAGGAUUUUGACUCUAUAAACGGUGGUUUUCAUGGGAAAGAUACUUCUCCUAGUCCUCCUUCUUCGAUUACAAAACAACCUAUCGCUGCCGCUGCCAUUCCUGCAGGUCAAACAGUCAUGAUAGAUUCAGAGAGCUCGUCAGAUAACUCUAUGUUCGAUGAUUAUCACGGAAAGAAUACCAACGACUACGACUGA